AUUUGAAAAAUUGUUUAUAUCUAUUUUGUCAGCAUGCCGGUAAUUUUUUAACUGUUAUUUUCUUGCGAAUUAUUAUAAGAAAAUAUCAAGAAAUAUAAUGGAAGAAAACGUAGAAAUUGUUGCUACAACUGCGAAAUCAAAAAAAAUAAAUGUUAUUAGCAAAGAAACUGUUCAUCAUAUUUGUUCAGGUCAGGUGGUGCUGGAUCUUGCUGUAGCAAUUAAAGAACUUGUAGAAAAUAGCGUUGAUAGUGGAGCUAAUUGUAUUGAUGUAAAGCUAGUAGAUUAUGGAAAAACAUCCAUUACCGUCAGCGAUAACGGUAGCGGUGUUUUGGAACAUGACUUUGAAGGACUAGGUUUGAAGCAUCAUACAUCAAAACUUCGUGAUUUUAGUGACCUCUUAGAAGUAUCAACAUUUGGCUUUCGUGGGGAAGCAUUGAGUUCACUUUGUUCAUUAUCAGAUGUAACGAUAACAACAAAGCAUCUAGAAAAUGAAUAUGCAUAUAAGUUGCAGUUUGACCGAAAUGGACGUUUGGAAAAAAAAGAAAUAUGUGCACGUGAAAGAGGAACGACCGUAUGUGUUAAAAAUAUAUUCAAAAGCCUUCCAGUGAGAAUGAAAGAGUUCGAAAAAAAUCUUAAACGCGAAUUUUCAAAAGCAAUACAAAUUUUGUAUGGUUAUUGUUUAGUGUCAACUGGAAUAAAAAUAACAUGCACCAAUAAAGUGGAUAAAAAAUCAGAGGCUAGUAUUUUUGCUACAAAUGGUGCUGACAAUGUUUUAGAUAAUGCUUAUUGUAUUUUCGGUAAAAAAAAUCUCAACGGUAUCAGUAUUGUUGAUAUAAUUACACCAGAUCAAAGUAUUAGAGAAGAAUUUCAUUUACCAGAAGAUUUGACUGUUGAUUUUUCGUGGGAAUUUUACGUGAGUAGUUGCGAACACUCAAUGGGACGAGGAUCACCAGAUCGGCAAUUUUUUUUUGUCAACGGACGUCCCUGUAAUUUAACUAAAAUAUCAAAAUUAAUUAAUAAUUUGUAUCAUAAAUAUAAUAAUAAGCAAUACCCGUUUGUGUAUUUAAAUUUAAAAUUAAAUCAACAGUCUGCUGAUGUCAAUGUC